GCCCCUUUGCCUGGGAGCCAGUGAAAGCAGUCUAGGUAGGAGUGGGCGAUGGCUGACGCAUACAUGUAGUAUUGGCAUUUCGUCUCCUCUGCCCGAAAGAGGCGACCCCUGCCUAUUGUCGCUACCGCUGUUGCAGAAUAAACCGAGCUCCAGCCUCUGAACCGAAGUUCUGCAUGCAGAACUGAGCUCAUUUGAUUCAUUCGCUUACGAGCCAGGGCGCGGCACAGUGGGGGUUCCUCUGUAAGUAGGCUGCGCUGGGGAAUGAUGGAGGCGCGUUCAAGUCAUUGCCCUCCUUUAUCAUAUAUUUAUCUUGAUACCAGCUCUCGCGCGGUAAAUCACACUCCAUAAGAGCGAAUCAGACAGCGAGCCUUUAUAGAUCAUUUUAAAACUUCGGGCUUCUCUCAUAGACUACUUUCUGGCAUCAGUUCAUCUUGUCUUUCCGUCUACAUAAAAUACCGAGAACACCAUGCCACCUACUAGAGAACGAAGAUGGUGGACGAGCCAAGAAGAUGACAUACUCAAACGAGAGGUGCAGGGGAAAAUGCGCCAAGGCGGGAGCGUCCAAAACUGGAACGACAUCGCCAUGUCAUUACCAGGCCGUACCAACAAGGACUGCCGCAAGCGGUGGGCGAAGAUUCAAGUCGACAUCCGAAAAGGUGCUUGGACGCAAGAAGAAGAUGAGAGGUUGCAGAAGGCCGUGCUGCAACUCGGAUGCAA